CCCGGCAGGCUCAGGCAGUAAUUGGAGGUAAAAUGGCGCUGACUUCUCAAGGAACAAAGAAGAAAGUUUGCUAUUAUUAUGAUGGUGACGUUGGGAACUACUAUUAUGGCCAGGGCCAUCCCAUGAAGCCCCACAGAAUCCGCAUGACCCACAAUCUCCUCCUCAACUAUGGCCUGUACAGAAAGAUGGAAAUCUAUAGACCCCACAAAGCCAACGGAGAGGAGAUGACAAAGUAUCACAGCGAUGACUACAUCAAAUUUCUCCGCUCCAUCCGGCCUGAUAACAUGUCGGAGUACAGCAAACAGAUGCAAAGAUUUAAUGUGGGAGAAGAUUGUCCAGUCUUUGACGGUUUAUUUGAGUUCUGUCAGCUCUCAACAGGUGGCUCUGUUGCGGGGGCAGUGAAACUGAACAAACAGCAGACAGACAUCGCCAUCAACUGGGCGGGAGGACUCCAUCACGCCAAGAAGUCCGAAGCGUCAGGGUUCUGUUACGUCAACGACAUCGUCUUAGCCAUACUUGAGCUGCUGAAGUACCAUCAGAGAGUGCUGUAUAUAGAUAUUGAUAUUCACCACGGUGACGGUGUGGAGGAGGCCUUCUACACCACAGACAGAGUCAUGACCGUGUCCUUCCACAAGUACGGAGAGUACUUCCCCGGCACAGGUGACCUCCGGGACAUUGGUGCAGGAAAGGGAAAAUAUUAUGCUGUGAACUACCCCCUCAGAGAUGGCAUCGACGAUGAGUCUUAUGAGGCCAUCUUUAAGCCGAUCAUGGCCAAGGUGAUGGAGAUGUACCAGCCCAGUGCCGUGGUGCUGCAGUGUGGAGCUGACUCGCUCUCCGGAGACAGGCUCGGGUGCUUCAACCUCACAAUCAAAGGCCAUGCCAAGUGUGUGGAGUACAUGAAGAGCUUUAACCUGCCCCUGCUCAUGCUGGGUGGAGGAGGCUACACCAUCAGGAACGUGGCCCGCUGCUGGACUUACGAGACCGCCGUGGCCCUGGACAGCACCAUCCCCAACGAACUCCCGUACAAUGACUACUUUGAGUACUUUGGCCCAGACUUCAAACUCCACAUCAGUCCGUCCAACAUGACCAACCAGAACACAAACGACUACUUGGAGAAGAUAAAGCAGCGUCUGUUUGAGAACCUGCGCAUGCUGCCCCAUGCGCCCGGCGUGCAGAUGCAGGCCAUCCCUGAGGACGCCGUGCAGGAGGAGAGCGGAGACGAGGAGGAGGACCCAGACAAACGCAUCUCCAUCCGCGCUCACGAUAAGAGGAUAGCGUGUGAGGAGGAGUUCUCCGACUCUGAAGACGAAGGCCAGGGAGGAGGAGGUCGCAGGAACGCCGCCAACUUCAAGAAGGCCAAGCGCGUCAAGACGGAGGAGGAGAAGGACAGCGGCGAGAAGAAAGCUGAGGUGAAGGAAGAGGAGAAGGCACCUGAAGAGAAAAUGGACACGAAAGGGCCAAAAGAAGAAGUGAAGACAGCCUGAGAUGCCCCUGAAGUCCUUCUGGAUGCAUGACCUUGUCAGAUGCCCCACCCUCUUCACACACACACACACACACACACACACACACACACACACACACACACACACACACACACACACACACACGAGUAGAGGUUAGCCAGCGGAAGCAAAAGACUGUAAAUUAUUUUGUAAGACUCAUUUUACUAUUUGUAUUCUUUAAAAAAAAAAGUGGUAUAAAGAUUUUUUCCUUUUUUUGCAUUUCCAGUGUGAAUUGAAAUGCAAGGUGUAUUUUUUUUUUUUUUCGUAUUCUCUUCUUUGUUUUAACGUUUAUUUUUUCACAAGUUUGCAUCCUUUCAGUACCCGUUGUCCUGUUUUUACUGCUAAGAACAGUACCUCAACCAAACCGGACCAGAUGUAGUCACAGUUCAGACAGUGGUACACAUCAUUGGGGAAGGUGUUUGAGUGAGUGCAGUUACAUGCACAAAGUAUAACGAUUUCAAACGGAAUAUCGCCAGUAUUUGGUUUCGAACAAGUUCAGGCAUACUCCGUUUAACAUGCAUGGAGCGGCAUUCUGCAACCGGAACACGGACAUAUUCAAAAUUUACUAAAGAGUGACUCGUGUUCAAACCGAAUACUGCCGAUAUUCCAUUUCAAAAUCGAAAUAUCAGAAAGAAAAUCCUCGGAUGUAACUGCAAUAAACUAGGUGCUGUAGUGAUUUAACCUACAAAAGUCAACUCUUGCGUGGCAAGAACUACAAGUGGUUUAACUCCUCAAGAGUGUUUGUUGCAAUGGAAACAACCACAUUUUCUCCUAUUACUAGACUCCGCUAAGUGAACAUAUGCAGGUCUAGUGACUAGUCCUAUAGCCUGAAAUAUCCCCCCUAGCUCAACCCCUUUUUUAUUGUAAAGCCUAUGCUCAGUAUCUCUCUUCUUGUCGCUCUAAAUUAUUUUGCAUCAUGGACAUUUAAAUUUGUACACCUCACUACCCAACUUCAUUCUUCUCUCUUUUUUUUCCCCCCUUCUCCCACUUUUAUUUUUCUUUUCUGAGGGCUUGUGCUGCAGCUUCCUUUUACCCCAUUUUUUAAGAAAAAAAAAAUUAAUAAAAACCAAAAUGUUUUUAUUACCAUAUCAGUUUUGGAUGGCUACGAAUAUGUGUUGUGGGGUGGGAAAGGGGAAUGGGGGAGUAAGGAAUUGGGGUUUAAGCUCAGCAGAUGGUUUAAGUUACUGUUUUGUUGUUUUUUGAGGGAGCAGCUAACAGAUUCAGUUAGUGGAUCCGCGGUCCGGUUUGGGUUUCCAAAAAAAAGUUCCAGUGUUGUGAAAUGUCUACUAUUAUAACAAUGAUUUUGGUAAAUAAAACAAAGAAAAUCUCAA